GCUUCCCUACCCCCCAUCUGGGUCCGUCUCUUCGUGCGCGUUGCGCCAUCCCCCGCUGCCGUGGCUGCGGCUGCACCGCUGGAGCAGGAGGAGGCGGAGGGGGGAAGCACCGUGGAAAACGUUGCCCGCCCGCCCGCGCUGCCGCCUCAUGCCGUGGCGCCGUCCUACCACCGGCCCGGGGACCUGCAUGGCCGGGCAUGGGGAGCGCUGUGCCCUCCCGCACCCCCAGGGCUGUGGCGCCGCUCGCCGCUCUGCGGCGGCUGCUCGCCGCACUGGGGCUACUGCUGCUGGGCGCAGGUGACUGUGAGCUGCACACAUCUUGUGGAAUUCAGAAGUGCACCACUGAUUUUGUAUCCUUUACUUCACAUCUAAAUACAGCUCUUGAGGACUUUGAUUUGGAGUUCUGCAAGGCCCUGCGGGCAUACUCUGUGUGUACCUAUCGCAAUUCCAAAGCAUGCCGUGGAAACCUAGUCUACCAUUCUGCAGUGCUUGGGAUCGGUGAUCUCAUGACCCAGAGAAACUGUACCAAAAAUGGACCCACAUCCUCCACCAACUCUGAAAUGACCCAUGAUCCUUGCAAUUACAGUGGCCACACAGAAGUGAGAGAACAUCAGGGGGGAGAGAAGACACCUCCUCCUACUUACCUGUUCUGUGGCUUGUUUGGGGAUCCUCAUCUGAGGACUUUUAAGGAUCACUUCCAGACAUGCAAAGUGGAAGGUGCUUGGCCCCUCAUAGACAAUAAAUACUUAUCAGUGCAAGUGACCAAUGUGCCUGUGGUCCCAGGAUCCAGCGCUACUGCUACAAACAAGAUAACUAUUAUUUUCAAAUCAUACCAAGACUGUACAGAUCAGAAAGUAUAUCAAGCAAUGACUGAUGACUUGCCUGCAGCUUUUGUUGAUGGUACAGUAAGUGGAGGAGAUGAGAACACCAGGAGCUUGCACAUUGUGGAGAAAGUCAGUGGCAAAUAUAUUGAGAUGCAUGCAAGGUACAUUGGGACCACGGUGUAUAUCCGCCAGCUUGGGCACUACCUGACCCUGGCCAUUCGCAUGCCCCAGGAGUUGGUCAUGGCCUUUGAGGAGAGCCAGGAUCUGCAGCUGUGUGUGAAUGGCUGCCCUUCCAGUGAACGUAUUGAUCAGAGUGGCCACUUGCCAUUGCCUGUGAUGGGAAAGCUGCUUCCUUGGGGUGCUGUGUCUCAUCCCCGAUCAGGGUACACACUGGAAACAGCCACCACCAAAUGCCAUGAGAAGAUGCUUGUGAAGGACAUCUAUUUUUACUCAUGUGUAUUUGAUCUACUCACUACUGGCGAUGCCAACUUCACAGCUGCUGCUCACAGUGCCUUGCAGGAUGUGGAGGCACUGCACCCCAGCGAAGAGCACUGGCAUAUCUUUCCCAGGAGUGGAGUUGAUGGUGUGGGCAGGGAUAGCAAAUUAUUUGUCAUUCUUGGACUUCUGUGCUUGAUUCUUGUUGCAUAUUUGUACAAUUUUUUUUUUUUAGACUCUUAACAAAAUUCUGAAAUACAUGUUGUCAUAAUAUAUUGAGUAAAGAGGAAUAUAUAUGUAUGUACCAUGUAUAUGAAAGGUUUUGACUUGGGGCAACAAUCAGAUAGGAUGUUAACUGUUUUCAUGUAUGUUUGAUUCAGUAUUCUAUGUAUCUAUUUGUUUUGCAGAUGUUGGAAAGUUAUAUAGUGUCGCUACAUUGAGACCUGAUAAAAAGCACUUUAUUUUUUACGCAUUAGAUAAAUAAGUGUGUAUCUCAGUAACUAAAAUCCUUACAUUAAAUCCUCAGUGCUCUCUCUUCUCUAGGUACUACUUGGUUUAACACAUUUUUUUAAACAGAAUUAAGUUGUGGCUUUUCCCAAGAGACCUUUAGUUAAUGCCAAACAUGUAUAUUUUGAAGGUAGUGAACGGUCUCCGGAGAGAGCUUUAACUUAGAGAACUUCAAGGGAACACCCUUUUCUUUUUUUUCCUCAACAGGCCCUCCAAUUGUCUGUAUUCUAGAAGGCUACAGAUUUAUGAUUUUUUCAUGCUUGGAAAUGCCACAAUGUAUCAAUCUUUGCAAAAUGUUGUAGGUGUGGUUCAUUAGUAUACCAGUAAGUAUUUGUGUGUGUGUAAAAGAGUGGCUGUUCAGUGCGUAAAUAUUUUAAAUUAUUAUAAUAGAAGAACACUUGUCGUGUCCUGUCCCCGCCCCUGAUGAGGAACAUCAGUAAGGUGGUAUAAGUGACCCCUGGUGGGGUGCACAGAAAUUAAGAGAUAUAGACCAUGUACUGUGCGUGUAAUCUAUAAAUAAAUUCUCAGUUUUUCUCCUAGCCAAAUAGGAUAGAUAGGAUAUUGGAUAGUUACCUGCUGGAUACAGUUGUUAUAUUUCUUGCUUGUUUCUCUCUGCUGUAGAAGAUGUGUAAAUUUAUGACCAGCAGCUGCAAACCAGGCCAGUUUAUUGAAAAAGAUAAGUUUAUUGAAAGAGAUGAGGAAACUAAGAUAAGGAACCAUUCCCUCAGCAACUCUUGAGUUGUACAAUUCCUUUUUAGUGUUUGCAGAGAUACUUAAAAGAAUUAUAACACAGGGAUCUGUGUUAUUGCUACAUCUCUCCUGAGAGACUUUAUAAAAAUCCUCUUUUCAGGUUACCGCAGAACUCUCAGAGCAGAAGAGCCCUGGAACAAAAAAUUACUUUCUGUAAAACUAAAGAAGAGGUGGGAAAAUUUGAAUAAAUGAUACAGAAAAGUCUGUGAGAUUACAGAACUUAGUGUAACAAGAUGAUCUGCUAAAUAUAUAUGGAGUAUUUCAGCUGCAAGGCUAAUCAGACAGUGUGAAGGUAAAUUGAAAGUGCCAAAACUUACAAGAAGUUAUGUCAGAUACAUGCAAAGAAAUACAGACCUAAUAAACCUAAUCACAACUGUCAAUGUUGCUUCACUAAGCUUGGAAGUUGAGGUGUGUGAGAAAUCAUCUUAUCUGGAAGAUGUAUGUAUCAGUGAAGUGAGUUGUGGAAAUUGCCGUCGAAGGCAAAAGGAGCUUUAAAUAUGUAUAUGUUUACUGUACACAGGAGGCAGCUGUCAUACCUGUAGGAACUCACAGGUGUCAGUCUAACACCACAAGCUCUGUAGAAGGCUCUAUAAUGUGAUCAUCGGUAUUUUAAUGCAACAACCAGUCAGCCAUUACUGAUGCUAUCUGUUUGCUGGCCUUUGUCUUAAGCUACCCUUGGAUAUUAGUGGCUUACUCAAAAGGGUUUUUUAAGUGUCUUCUAGAACACUCCUAACCGUAUGCUAACAGAGCUUCUAACAACAGGUGAUUAUAGUUCUCUGUAGUUGUGGAGUCUGACAACUUCCUUAGUAAGCAUGUUGCAGGACUGACAGAGACUAUAGGCCUAAUCCUUUAUUUUGGGUGUACAGAAUGCUCCUAAACAAGGGUAUUAUAAAAAGAAAUAGUAGGGUCAAUUGCCUGUCAAACCAAAAAUUCUUUUUUUCUUCCUGGAAAACCUGUCUGGAAGAAAAAUGUGCGUAGAGCAUCUGUUUAGUGGAAUACAACUGGAUAGUACAACCUUUUGUUCUUAUGGGUCAAGUAACAGACCUUCGGUGUUGCAUUUCCUUUCAGAUAACUGCUGUACUGCCAGAAAAUAGAAUACCAAUUAUUUACAUUCGCCUACUUUAUCAUUAUGACUACCAUGCAUUUGUUUUAUGAGUUUUGAGGCUGUGCAUCUGUUUACUUAUAUAUACUCAAAAGUGAAGCAAGCCAUUCUGCAAGCUUUGUACUACCUAUUGAGAGUUUCAUUAGUGGACAUGUUCUGGAAAAAAGCCUAGGAACAUUAUGGCUUUCUUCUCUUCUGAGAAGAGAGACACAGCACAGUUUAAAAUCUUGCAUUCAUUUUCUUCAUGUAGGUUCAGCUAUUGUCUUUUACACUGAAAUUUUCAAGCUUUGAUUAUUUAAUGCCCAUCUAUGUCUUGACUGGUAUAACUUCUUUCCUGUCUUUCCCUGUUCCAGCUAUACAAUAUCCAAACAGGACUAGUAACAAUUCCCUUUUUUUAGCAGGUAUUCUGUGUUUUUUACAAGGUAAGCAUUCUUUGUAUUGUGCUGCUAGUACUCUUGAACUGUAUUCAAAGCAAACAGGGAUUGUGGGGAUCAGUGUUGUCCAUUAGAUUUUAUAGUUCUCAUUAAUCGUCUUAUGGAGAGCAACAUAACUACAGAUUGAGUACAAGUAUCUGGGUAAAUUUGUGAUGCUGAUGUAAAACAGUUGCAUCUGAUCUGAUUCAGAAUUCUUUAUGUUUGUAAUUGAACUUUGUUUACAUUAAAAGCUGCUAUUACUAAA